AUGAUGGCACCAUAUAUGCAAUAUAUAGGCAACUCAUUCCUAAUGUUUUUUGCCGAUGUGCAAGUGACAACUGUAACACUCUUCUCGAUAAUGUCGUUUGUUAUACAUGAGUGUUCGGAACGAAAAAUAUUUCAAAUAAUCAAUAAACUCGUUAAUAUGUACGAAAGGAUUUCAACAAAGUCAGGCGUUGAACAGAUACUGGGACGCACAUUUGUAAUAUCUGUCAUAUUGAAAUUUCUACUUAGCGCUUUCGGACUGAUAUAUGAAAUUCCAUUACUGGUCGAAGGUACAGGACUGAUGAGUUUUUUAGCAGGCAUUUAUCUUUGGUUAAGCACAAUAUAUAUAUUGGAUUGUUGUUUCGUGGGCUUUAUGGUCAUCAGACAAAUGUACAUUGCAAUGGCUAUACAUCUGGAGCGGAUGCUUGAAAGGAUGAGCCGAAUUGAAUCGGAAGAGCCGCAACAGCGUUUAAGUAAACAUCAACGUAUGAAAGAAUUGUGCUUGUGCUCGGAAAGCAUCGACGACAGCAACAAUAUUUAUUCGGUUUUAUAUGAGUUGACCAAAGAGUUUCAUCACAUUUUUCGCUGGCAAGUGCUUUACUACAUUUACUACAACUUUGUGAUCAUACUGAUGCUUAUGCAUCGCUUUAUAUCGCGAUUUAUCGAAACGGGUUAUGUGGAUUUAAUGGCGUUUUUCUCCACGGUUUUUAAGUUUUGCAACUUGGCUUUCUUAAUAUUUAGCACUGACGGUGUAGUGCAGAAGUCACAGCUGACCGAUUUGCUCAAUUUGGAUCUGGUCUGCUCAGAUAUCGAUGCGCGUUGGGAUGAAAGCGUUGAGACGUUCAUAUGCCAACGCAAAGUGGAAAACCUCGAAAUUAAGGUGUUGGGAUUCUUUCACCUCAACAAUGAGUUCAUCUUAGUCAUAUUAUCGGCCAUUAUGUCUUACCUCUUUAUACUAAUUCAGUUUGGUUUGACAAUUACCUUCGAGCGCGAGACAAUGGUUAUAGCCGUUAUAAAAUAA